AUGKCCUUUCCCUUUAUCAAAUUUCUCAAUGCCGUGCAUUUUGCACAAAAGACAGCARGAYAUGAAGAUAUAUUCUUGAGAGUCAAACAGAUCAAUGUUUUGGAAUGUUUGUAUUUGAACUGGGACACAAUAGGUGUCCUUCCAACUGRUUAUGGCAAGUCAGUAAUAUUUCAUUUGCUGCCGUUUCUUUACGAUUUUCGGGAUCUGCAAUCAAGGAAAAGCRAAAAAGACAGCAUGGUGAUAGUCGUAACWCCACUGAACGCUUUGAUAGAAGACCAARUUAAUGCUUUGAAUGCAAGAGAUAUUGGUAGUUGUGCACUUAAAUGUGAAAACUUUAGUAAACUUCAACUCUCUGUGGAGAAGGAUUAUAGUAAUGAUUGUCGYAUUAUUUUCACGCAUCCCGAGGCCUGUGUUUCUUCUCAAGAGGGAAGAGCGAUAUUGCUAUCUGAGGUAUAUCAAGAUCGAAUCAAAGCAUGUGUUAUAGAUGAGGCACACCUGGUGGAGGAGUGGGGAUACCAGUUUCGCCCUGAUUUUUCACGAAUUUGUCAACUACGAUCAUUUUUCCCCCAAGCACCGUUUUUGGCCCUGACUGCAACUGCUCCAGAAGUACAAAGAAAAAAGAUAGUUGAGGGUCUACAUCUAGAAAAACCCCAUAUUGUAGUAGCAGAUCUUGACAGAGAGAACAUUUUCAUCCACAAAGAAACAAGAAAACCUUCUUCAACAGUUCUACAAAGAAAUGCAAGUUACUAUCCUUUAAGUGCCUCAAAAGUGCCAGAAAACUGUUUGUUUGGACAAUACCAUGCCCCACAGACAACAGAAAUGAAAGAUCAACUUCUCAGCCAAUUAACAGGGAAUGYCACAGAUCAGACAACAAGAGUAGUAUUCGCCACCAUUGCUUUGGGGAUAGGAGUUAAUAUCCCAAAUGUGAGACAAGUAAUACAUAUUGGUGCACCCAGAAAUCUGGAGGCAUAUUUUAAAGAAGUUGGUAGGGCAGGAAAUGCAAGUUACUAUCCUUUAAGUGCCUCAAAAGUGCCAGAAAACUGUUUGUUUGGACAAUACCAUGCCCCACAGACAACAGAAAUGAAAGAUCAACUUCUCAGCCAAUUAACAGGGAAUGCCACAGAUCAGACAACAAGAGUAGUAUUCGCCACCAUUGCUUUGGGGAUAGGAGUUAAUAUCCCAAAUGUGAGACAAGUAAUACAUAUUGGUGCACCCAGAAAUCUGGAGGCAUAUUUUAAAGAAGUUGGUAGGGCAGGUAGAGACGGCAAACCUGCCAAGGCUAUGUUGUACUACAAUGGAAAUGACAUUGCCAGAAAUAAGCCUGGAAUGACAGAUUAG